UGAAGCUGCUGCCACACCACCCGGAUCGGACACACUCUCCCUGACAAGCGGAAUUAUUACUAAUAGCUGCGCUUAUGUAAUCAAUGCAUCGGAUUGCUUUGGGGGGAACAUAGCAUCCCGUUGAUAGGAAAUACUGUAUGCCAUAUGCUCUGCGAUUUUUAGAGCAGCCCAUGGCAACCCAUUUGUCCUGAUGCGACGCGUGUGAUGGUUGCAGUGGGACGGAUAUCCUUAAUUUGAUCCAAUAGGCGUUCUCAGGGUUUUUUGUAGGACGCUUCUGCACCCCUUUCUGCGCUGACCUUAACAAUGCUUUAAAUAGGUAAUUAAUCGGCAUGUCUGCCCACUGAUUUUUAAAAUUUCUUUUGAGUAAAUGAUCCGCGCAAAAAUAUCAGUUUGACUGCUAAAUCCAAAAGCAUUAGUCCACUUUGGUUGUAUAUAUAUUUAGUUUUUUGGUAGGAUUUGAUUUAGCGAUCUUUCAAAGAGGAAACCACCGGUGGGAGUCAAUUUUGGACUGUGACUGGUUUGGAGGGAAAGAAGGGCCUAUACAGACUUGAUCCCCCAUCAAAAACUCUGCAGGAUUUCCUCCUACUCAGUCCAGAGGAAUAUCUUCAAGUCCAGGGGGGUUGCUGCUGGUCCUCUGGGGGGCUUUUAUCGGCACUCAUUACAUCCGAGGGAAUGGUGGCCGCACCGCAGAUCCACGCAACUCUUUCUGAAUGUUUGGCAUUUUUCGUAGGCGAGCAUCUUGACUUGUGAUCGAGAGAGACGCGGACUGCAGCAGCCUCCGAUCCCUUUCACAUGGAGAUUUGUGCCUCGCUCGUACUGCAAAUCUUGAAAACGGGGACCGGGGCCCUGCUGGCUUUUUCUUCAGCAUCGAUUUCAUUUAUUCGCGAAAAUGCAGAACACAAACAGCAGAUGAACUAUGAAUGCUGAACACAAUGAUCUCCUCCCUCCAGCGGCAGACAAUGAGAGGUCGUAGGCUGAAGGGGGCGCUGUCCAACCCCCUCUUUGUGCUGCUUUUGGCUCUUCAGAUCCUGGUGGUGGCUGGGCUGGUUCGCGCUCAGACCUGUCCUUCUGUCUGCUCAUGCAGCAACCAGUUCAGCAAAGUAAUAUGCACUCGCCGCAGUCUACGGGACGUCCCAGAUGGCAUUUCCACAAACACUCGCUACCUGAACCUCCAGGACAAUCUCAUCCAAGUCAUCAAGGUGGACAGUUUCAAACAUCUCCGCCAUCUGGAGAUCCUGCAGCUAAGCAAAAACCACAUCCGCAGCAUUGAAAUUGGCGCCUUUAAUGGACUGGCCAGUCUCAACACUUUGGAGCUCUUUGAUAAUCGGCUCACGACAAUCCCCAAUGGAGCAUUCGAGUACUUGUCCAAGCUGAAGGAAUUGUGGCUACGGAACAACCCCAUCGAAAGUAUACCAUCUUAUGCCUUCAACCGGGUCCCCUCGCUUCGAAGGCUGGAUCUAGGCGAGCUCAAACGUCUCUCCUACAUUUCUGAAGGAGCCUUCAAGGACUUGAGCAACCUGCGCUACCUGAAUCUAGGAAUGUGCAACCUCAAGGAGAUCCCCAACAUAUUACCUUUGAUCAGGCUUGAAGAGCUAGAAAUGUCAGGAAACCAGCUCGCUGUUGUCAAGCCCAGUGCAUUUUUAGGAUUAGUGAACCUCCAGAAGCUGUGGAUGAUGCAUGCCCAGAUCCAAACUAUAGAGAGGAAUUCCUUUGAUGACCUUCAGUCCCUGGUGGAGCUCAACCUGGCUCACAACAACCUUACCUUUCUACCACAUGACCUCUUCACACCGUUGCAUCGCCUGGAGCGUGUCCACCUCCAUCAUAACCCUUGGAACUGCAACUGUGAUAUCUUGUGGCUCAGCUGGUGGCUGAAAGAGACAGUACCUGCCAAUACCAGCUGCUGCGCCCGUUGUCAUUCUCCUGCAGUCUUUAAAGGUCGCUACAUUGGGGAAUUGGACCACAGCUACUUCCAGUGUGAUGUUCCUGUCAUUGUGGAGCCACCCAGUGAUUUGAAUGUGACAGAAGGCAUGGCUGCAGAGCUUAAAUGUCGUACAAGCUCGCUGACAUCCAUCAGCUGGCUUACACCAAAUGGUUCGCUGGUGACACAUGGGGCUUAUAAGGUACGUUUGUCAGUACUCAAUGAUGGGACACUGAACUUUACUACCGUCACAAUGCAGGACACUGGGACUUACACCUGUAUGGUAAGCAACACGGCAGGAAACAUUUCUGCCUCUGCUGUGCUUAAUGUCACUUCUGUGGAAAACAGCGGGGUGACCUAUUUUACCACAGUCACUGUGGAGACCAUUGAGACCCCGGGGGAUGAUAGCCAAACGCCACUUCCCCCAUUUGGCUGGGUGUCAUCCUCUACAACAAAAGGUACUCCUGUUUCAACAAGGACCACAGACCGGACUUACACAAUUCCAGUUCUUGAUCUGGAUGGAGAGGGAGCCCUAAACGGCCUGGAUGAGGUGAUGAAAACCACCAAGAUCAUCAUUGGCUGCUUCGUGGCCAUCACGCUUAUGGCUGCUGUUCUGCUGGUUAUUUUCUACAAGAUGAGGAAGCAGCAUAACCAACAGGAUCCUGAUGGCCCUGCCUCUUCCAUGGAGGUCAUCACAGUUGAAGAAGAGCUUGCAGGUGUGGCUGCCAUGGAGAGACACCUAUCGCUGCCCCCUCUGGAGCACUACAACCACUACAAUACCUACAAGAACACUUACCACCAUGCUCCUAUGCUGAGUACCAUACACAGCUCAGCCACACAUGAACCUUUACUGAUUCAAUCCUGCUCAAAAGACAAUGUACAAGAGACCCAAAUCUGAUCUUGAAUUUGACUAAACAUCCAGUAUCAGCAGUUUCAUACCUGGAGUACAAUGGACCAAACGUGAAGAUAAAAGAAGUCAAAAUGACAUUGACUUGACAGAGUUGAUGUCAAUAAUGGCGAUAAAUCAGCAUUUGGCAAAGGGACGACAUGUGAUGCUUUAACAAGUGUCUUUACAAAAACAAAAAUAAUUUAUUAAAGUAUGUCUAGUGGCUAAAUGAAGAAAAACAAUUUGUGAUAGCUUUUUAGCUCAUUUUAUUUCUCUCUCUCUCUCUCUCUCUCUCUCUCUCUCUCUAUCUCUCUCUGUGUGUAAUACUGCACAAGGGAAAGAAUGGUUUACAAAGAGUGUAUAUGAAAUGUGAAUAAAUUGGCCUUAAACUAAAAGUUAUGCAAUGCCAUUAAUUGCAAAACUUUGAUUUUACCUGAUUACCUGAAUAAUAUAAUUAGUUUAAUUAUUAGUUAUUAUUAAUUAGUAGGGCAUUGCUUUAGUAUUUAUAAGUAUUUCAUAAAGCAGUCAUUUGUUCAGCAUAUGGUGUCCAACUCAGUGAAAGUGUACGAGAAACAAAACAUAAAAUGGGUUUAUUUCCAUUGCUAUCAUAUUCUAGCUAACUGUCACUCAACACAAAACGAGAUAUUUUAAUGACACAGCUCUGGAUGAUAUCACAGUGAAGCCAGCAUGCCUGAAGAGCAAGGCAGCCAAAUUAGUAACUGUGCAUUUCCCCUGUGGCUCCUAAACAACCAUACAUCCUUCACUUUAAUUAAGAUUAAGUUCUUGCUCCACUCUCCCUUCUACCUUUUCUUUAUACUUCAACCUUAACAAUUUAUCUCCUUCUACUCCUCCUCUCAUCUUCUUAUUUUGUGUUCUCCAUCUUCCCUGUCUACCCUCUGUCUCUGCUCUCUUCCCACUCUCCGUUCCUCCAUGUCCUCUUGCUUCUUUGAUUGUCUCUCUGUCAUUUAGCUCAGGCACGUUCCUCACCCCUCACCAUGUCUCAUUUGUCUCGCUUUAUCCACCGGCAUGUGCCACACGACGGCAGAAUAUUGCUUGGGAAAAAUUAAGGGGAGCAUAAGGCUGCAGUCUGUAGCCUCCCUGUUAACCCAGUAAUGAUCUACGUCCACUCAGUGUCGCGUUACCUUGCCAUCACCCCAGGGUCACACGAGCUUGGGCGCUGAUAGUCCAUCUGUUCUACAGAUAAAGAGGCAAAUGAGGCUGCUUUGUAAUGUAGUGUGACCCUGUCAGACUAACGCAGACGGGGCUAACAUAGUCAGUGAAGCAGCUAGGAACCUGCAACAAAAUAAGGGGAGAUGGGUUGUAGCUCAUUAAUCUGUAUCAGCAGUUCAUUUGCAGACUAACAGAGGAAAGCUGAUAACAAAACAGCAUGAGACUUUUCCACUCUCCCUGCAUCCAACAUCUAACAUGGGGUAGAGGCCUUUGAUAUUGAAGCAACCUCUGCGCAGUCUCAUUUUUGUCAGAGAAAAACACACACUUUAAUGUUGCAUCAUUUAUAGACCAUCAAAACAUCGUCUCUCCUGUAGCCUGUUUGCGCUUUGCUUUUUCAUUUAGUCUUUCAAAGAGGAAGGCUUAAGGAAGAGGGCGGUAGGGAUGCAAAGUGAAGAACAGUGUGUCGGGAGGGGGGGAGCCAGACCCACAACGGUCAUGAGGGGUCUUCAAACAGAUAUAUUGCAGAUAUGAAGCGAGAGGAGUGAAAAAAGAUAAGGAACAAGGAGGCAAAACUAGCCAUCAGACUGUCGCCAUGGAAACAAUGACCUUGUGCAGAAAGAGAGAAGAGGUAUAUUUGCCUUUUUCUUUGGUCUCUGUGCAACAAGCAUAUUUUAAUUUCCUACUGAUGAUUUCACAAAUUAUCAACAGAACUAACAUAAUGAAAUGUGCAUUUACAAAUGGUUUCGAUGAGAUUUGCAACGAGUUUCAGUUUAUUAAAUGAAAUAUCACCGCAUUAUGUGGAAAAUGUAACAUAACUGUCCGGCAGCUCUACUCGUCUUAUUGAUUUUCAUCUGAAUAAAAAAACCUGCAAUAGCUCAUAGUAUGAGCAUAAUAAAGCACUGUCACUUACAUGACAUCAUAUGCGUCAGUCAGUCCCCUAAAUGUAUUGUCUCAUUUUAAUCAAAAGCAAAAGCAAAAUAUAGAUUUAAUUACUGUUGAUGUCGAGUAAAGUAGAGAAAGGCUGUAAGUGGAAGAAGAACAAUUGAAACAGAAACCUAUUCAUCGUCAGCCUUUCAUUGAGUGUUAUGAAUGACGAGAAUAGUACAGUCAAUGGCAACGUCAUAGAGUGAACCAUUCUUUCCCUUUAAACUGUUUUCUUUUUCAAUGCUCAAUACCUUUUCAAUGCUUUUGGUGGCUUAAUGAUUCAAUGUUGACGCUGGCUACAGUGAAAAAAAAGGUUGAGAUUUUUUAUAUAUAUAUUUGGGGAAGAGGGUUGUGAGUUAUUCUGAGUGAAUGGAAUAUCUCUGUAUUGGUAUUUGCUUGAGCAGGAUGGCUUUAUGUGGAGAGAUAUUUGAAUGCCAGAAUGAAAUUAGGACUGACUUACAGAAUGUUGGACUUGAAAUACCAGCAGAGUGAGCUUGAUUUUUGUGCAAAACCCCAAGCCAAGGUGAUCCGAUUCUUGUGUGUUAUUCUGCCUACUGUCUAUGUAUAGGGAGGGUUACUGUAUGUGCGAAUAUUCUCUCUCAUUUUUGGAGAGAAUAAUCAUCAAAAGGUUAAAUUUCUACAAAAAAAAAAUAUUUUCAAAAACAUAAUGCAAAAAAAAAAAAGAUCUUCAGAUCAUAAUUUUACAUGUGCUUCAAUUGUUAAAAAAAAGACAAAAAAGCAAAACAAAAACAAGAAAAAAAAAACAAGAGACUGUGCUUGUAAGGAGUCCAACUAAUUUCUCUGAGGAUGAUGUUCAAUUAUUGAUACCUGAGAUUGUAGUUCAUACUGUACAUGAAUACAAAUAAAAAUUGCAAUUCUUUUUUUUCAAUAGAUUUCAUAGAAUGUAUUAUUCAGAGACGUUGUCGCCAUUUUGCCGCCUUUGUUCCAUUUGCACAUGAAGACUUGUAUAGAAAUAUUCAAACAAAAAGGAUUACUAAGCAGCUCCCAGAAUGCUGAACUGAGAAGAAUUUGCUGUUAAGAAAAUGAACUGUAGCUUAUUUUAUGAGGUCAGAGGAGGGAAGUGGAUCUCUCUGAGAGGAAAAGGAAGCGAUCUUUCCAUAUUAUGCAUGGAAAGUCGGAUUCUUUUAUCUAAUUUGAAUCACUCCAUCUGUCUGACAGAAUUAUUUGAUUCAUGCUGGCAAAUCUGAGAAUUUCAUUACCAAUAGCACAAUAGGCUAUUCCUGCUCUCUCCGCUGACUCAAAGAACAAAGAAGCUCACAGAACCUUGGAGAACGUUGUCAGUCAGCGUACACUGGCAUUUCAAAUUAAUUUAAUAUCCCUUCAAUUAAAAUGAAUAUCUGCUUGAAACAAUCAUGAUUUGUGUAAAAAAAUGGCAACACUUCAGUGAAGAGACUGCUUUUCAUUAUCUCCACUACCCAAAUAGCACAAAAUGGCACACAGUCACAAUUGCCUUUGGGUUUGCUCCAUUUCAUUCACAAAGUACUCGAUGGCUGCCCAGCGAAAUGCUGUGGCAGUUGGUGCAGGCUUCAUUCAGACACUUAAUGAUAUGUAUGGUCAGUGUCGAAUGCUAGGAUGUCUAUUCCAACAAAGGGAUCAUUAAUUAAUUCGCUAACCGAUGACAAUUUAUUCAAGAGAUGACACACUCAGCCUCAAUGAAAUGAUGCCGGAUCCAAUUCAGAAACUGAACAGUGAUCUCAUUUAUUUCCAGGCAGUUAUAGUAUGUCAGUGUAUGUGGGAGAUGGAAGUAUUUUUACAUGCAGUGAAUCAGAUGUUUGCUUUAGUAUUGGAUGUUAACGUUUUUUCACUUUCCUUUAUUUGUCAGUAUUUAUUUCAGUGUUAAGAUGUCAUACACAGAUCCAGCUCUGUAUUUAGAAAAGCCUGCAGUGACCUUUUUUAACCAGAUACAAAAAAAAGGCAUUCAGACAAAGACAAAACAACAAAAGAGGUUGCGUUAGUGUGACCGUCUUGCUACGGGGAACAGGUAAACAAACUAAUCUGAAAUACGAGAAAGCAAGUCCACUUAAGGCUUAUUAAAUACCAAGAUACUGCAUGGUGGUUUACACUGAGCCUGGGAAAAAAAGAGCCAUCAGCAACAUUACCAGCAUUUCUCAUUGAAAGGGAAGGCUCCCUGACUCUGCAGCAGAAAAGGCAGGCACCUUUUCUGCUGCAGAGUCAGUGUGCAUGCUGUCUUACCUUGUGUGCACAUUGUUAAUGACUUAUUUUACUAUUUACUAAUGGUUAAUACUCAACGUGUUUAGGGUAAUAGGGUAUUUUCAUCAUGACUAAGGCCAGUUUAUACUUCCUUACAAUUUGCAUCAGUGUUAUGGUGUGUUCACACCAAAUGCAAAUGUACGUCCACGCCAAAAGGCGCAAAUUUGAAAUAUGAAUGAAUACUUGAAGCAAGAAAUUCGAGUGAGAGAUUUGUGAAAGCGCUGAGAUUCUGCUGACGUCCUGACGUCGUUGAAUAAGAAAUUGAGGACAAAAUCAUUGUAGCCGUCUGUGGGCAACUGUCAUCAAUAAUAAAACAUCGUAAAAAGUUCAAUGCGUAAUUCCGAGCCACCUGCUCCAAAGAAAUAGCGAGCAGAAUUUCCUCUCUAAACUGGGUCCAUACAAUAUCUAAUGUUUAUCUUUUAGUUGUGGUAGUUUGAUAUAUUUAUUCAUUAUUUUCUGUAUUGCAUUUAUUCCUGUGUAAUGCCUGUGUUCAUGCCACUGUAGUAAACUAGAUUUAUUAAGCCACACAAAUAAACACAAAUGAUCCCGGG